AUGUUUGGAUUGAGAUCACUAUCUGAUUUUUGCAAUCCCACAUCAAAAUCGUACAAAGAAAAUGCAUCUGAUGCGCUGGAUAGAGGUGCCGUAGAGCCAAUAAAGAAUGCAGUAACCAAUUAUAAGGAUGAUGAUGACAUUCUUUUUUGCGCAAGUAGAGUAUUGCUUGCUAUGUCUGAUUAUUGCUGUUCUGAGAAGGAUUUAGAAUCAUUACAAAAAUUAAUUACAAGUGGUGGUGUAGAAGCUAUAGUAGAUAUUAUUAAAACAGUUCCCUCGGAUCAAGACACAUUAAAAAAUUGUAUGACGUUUAUUCAAAAUAUGAACGAUUCAAAUGUACAAAUAGAGGGGGGAGAACUUAGUACUGCUUUAUUAAAUGUGUUUACAUCAAACACAUAUAACAUUAAGUUGAGGGUUGGGAUAGUAUCUGCUUUGUCAGUUGUAUCUAAAUCUCCUGCUAGUUCAGAGUACUUGAACAAAGGAGGAGCACAUCAUAAAUUAAUAGAUUAUUGUUUAUCAUUUCAAACAAUAAAUGACGAUACUGCAGAAAUAGUUGAAGGAGUUUUUGAUACAAUUAAGAAUUUAUCUUCAAAUGGAUUUGUAGUUCCAACUAUAAUUGAAAAAUCAGUUAUAAUUUUAGAUAAAUUUAAGUCUUACCCUAGAAUUGUUUCAAAAGGAAGUGAUGCUAUGAAAUGUGCUGUAGGACCAGAACAAUUAACUGACUGUUUAAAUGUACUAAAAAAAGCAGAGCAAGGAUCAAAGGAGCAGGAUUCUGCAUUGGAACUACUGAGUUCCCUUUCAUACAUUUCAUCUAUAACAGAUAAGGUUGUUGAAUCUGGAGGAAUACCUGUACUUAUCGAAUUAAUCAAUAGUGGUUUACAACAAUAUGAAAGUAACCCUGAAAAAAUUUCUAGAUUAGUAGCUGGAGCAUCCAGAAUGUUAGGAAGAAUAUCAAAUAAUCCUCCUCAUGCUUUGAUAGUAUAUGAAUAUGGAGGCAUUGCCACACUUUGUACGGCAUUGUCAUAUUUUCCUAAUGAUAUCGAUUGCGAAAGUGCUAUAUGUAAUGCAUUAACUCCAUUUGUAUCUCGAUCUAAUUAUGUUAAUGAAAUAAACAGUUAUUCAUUAUUUGCUUCCUUAUUUCCUAUUUUAUAUGCAUCUUUGGAAUCAAUUGAAUUAGCAAAAGCUAGUAUGGCAUGUAUAGCUUCUGCAUCAAUGAUAAAUGAAUUUCAUGAACAAAUGGUAAACAAUCAAGCAAUUGAAAUUUUGUCAACGUGUAUUCAAUAUCAUUUAACAGAAUUAGAUUAUCUUCUAAAUUGUUUUACGACAUAUUUUAGAUUAUCGGAAUACAUAACAACAAUUGAACCAAUAAGUCAAUAUGGAGGGGUUACUGGUAUUACGAAUGCUUUAUCAGCAGUAAGUAAGGAUAGCGCAAUAUCAGAAAUUGGACUGAAAUUAAUAAAUAAAAUGUUAACUGCGUCGGAUUCCUUAAAAUUCUUGAGUAAUCAACAAGUGGUUGAUACUGUAUUAACUGUCAUGUUAGAAAACGAAACUAAGGAAGUUAUUAUCCAAGAAGGAACAAAAAUUAUGGAGAAAUUAGCUACUGAAAGUGACUGUCAAAGACAUAUAUCUAAUUUAGAAUCGAUUAUAAAUUUAGCAGAAUCAAACCCAGAAGGUGCAUACAAAACAUUAGCAGCUAUAUCUGGAUUAUCAAGAAUUCAAUCGUUAAAAAGUAUACUAGAAUCCAAAGGAGCUGAUUCUUGUAUUUUCAAUGGUAUUAAAGUAUGGAUCGAGUCACCAAGAUUUAAUGAACAGACUAAGUUAAUUAAAGCUGCGUUAAAAACUAUAAAAAUAUUAAAACUAAAUGCAGCAACUACAUUACAUGAGGUGAUAGCGUCCAUAGUUGAUAUAAUGUGUAUUUCUCAAGUAAAAAGAUUAGCAGAAGGGGAGGAACCAGAUGAUAAUAUACUGAUAACAUCUGCAGAAUGUAUAAAUUAUUUAACAGAAGUAUACAAAGUAAGCAAUAAAGAAAUUGUAGAGGCAAGUUUAGACAGUAUAUUUAAAUUAAUGAAAAAAUAUUCAGAAUCUCGUUUAACUCAAACGAAUUUGCUUGCAGCGAUUAACAAUAUAAUUUUAAGUAGCAAUGUAGUAGGUUCAGAAAGUUUGGUUAAUAAAGGAUAUGUAAAACAAAUUGUGACAUAUAUUCAUAAAGUUCCUAUGUAUGUGGAUGUUCAGAUAAUUGGUUUUAGUGUCUUAGGAAACGUACUUAAGAUUUAUCCUGAUUCACUGGAUGCUAUAAAAAAAGCAAAUACAUUAGUUCCACUUCAAAAUGCCUUAAGGACCCAUGUAAAAAAUCCUAAACUUAAAACAACAUGUGCUCCUCUGUUAGCAGUUCUGAUGCCAUUAGAUUCUUUGACGAAAGAAAUUGAGGAUCUUUUAAAAUUAUGUGAUGAAUCUAUGAAAGAAAAAGAUCUUGUACAAUUGCAUGAAUAUUUAGUUUCUUUAAAUGAAUUAUUAUUAACAGCAGAAGCAAGUAAAAUAUCUUCUCGUUGUAACAUAGGAGAAUCUCUUCGUAAUAUUGUAGCGUGGUUAAAAAAGAAUCCUAACUGCUACAAAGAAACAAGUAACAAAGAUUAUAGCAUUUUAGGAAGAAGUUUAUAUGAUGCUAUUAUAUCAGAGGUUGCCCAUGCAUGUAUAAAUAUUUCUCAAACAAGAAUUGGAUUAGUGCAUCUAACUAAAAGUGAUAUGGUAUCUGUAUUAAUAGAGGCGGAAAAUCUUUUAGUGUUCCCUGGAGAUGAUCACACGGAAGAAGCAGUUUCUAAUAUAUUAGAAUCUCUAAGUUUAUUACUCAAACAUGAUAUUACAAAUGCAGAUUUAGCGUUUAACUUAGGUUUAGUUAAUAAAUUGUGUGAAGGAAUAAAUUACUUUUCAGAAUCGGACAUGGUUAUAAAGAGUACCUUUGGAUGCUUGGCGCAUAUGUGCACAAGUGAAAAACGUGUAAAUCAAUUAAUUAGUCAUCCAGAGUACGAUACACUUAUAUCGCUAAUUGUGAGUUUAAUAGGUAAUUCAGAAAAAAAUAAGAAUUCUAGAGGAAGUGCAAUAAAAGCUUUACAUGAAUUGCUAAAAACUGAAAAUGAAAAUAUAAUAACAAAUAUAUCUAAGAAAACUCGUGUUAUUGACAAUCUGUUUAAAAUUAUGGGAGAAUAUCAAGUAUAUUUGCCUAUUGUUCAGGACAGUUCAAAAUGUUUAGCAUUUUUUGCUGAUCACAUUAAUAUAGAAGAGCAGAUGAAAAUAGAUAAAUAUUCUGCUAUGAAAAUAUUGCUAGAAACGUUAGGUAAGAAUAAGAAUGAUGAAUCAACAGCUCUAGAAAUAAUGACUGUUUUAGUUAAAUUAUGUAAUGGUAAUGAUAAAAUGAAACUAAGAGAAUUGGGUGCUGUUGAUAUCAUUUCUGAUGUGACUAUGAUUUUCAACGAAAAUGAGGAGAUAUCAAGAUUAGGAGGAGUAUUGUUCUCAUAUAUGGGUGCUGAUGAACAAGUAAAGAAAUUGAUGAAAUUAAUAUUAAAUGUUAAAAGUAGUGAUACUGAUGCUGUCCAAAAAAUAGAUAACUUGACUAGUAAACUAGAGAUGUUUUUAAGAGCCCCGUUAGAAAAUCCUCAGGAUGCUUUACAAUAUACAGAAGCCACACUGCAGCAAUUAAAUGGCUAUUUAUCUUCUGAAUUAGAUAACGUUUCUUUACAAGCAAAUGUAGCUUUAGUUACAAAAAGAUUAGUAGAUCGUGUGAAAUAUGAUCAUGAAGAUCAAUUGGGAGCAUGGGCUGUAGCUUCUGCGGGCAUAUUAAAUCAAUAUACAGAUAUGAUUGCAAAUAAAGUUGGAUUGUCAAACUGUAAGUUUGUAUCAUCUGUUUAUAGUGUUUUAGCUGGAUGUGUCUUGAAUCCAUAUACAAAACAAUUGGUAAUGGAUAAACUAUCACCGAUAGUAGACAAUUCAUAUGAUGUAUUGGAACAGUAUAAAAAUAAGCCAAACGUUGUUCAAGGAAUUUUUGAAUUACUGGAACAGGUGGCGAAAGAUGAAGAAGGAGCUAAACUGCUCUAUAUGAAAUGGAAUGGUUCAAUGGGCAAUUUAGUAGAACAGACAGUAGCAGUUAUGAAUUUGAAUAGAGCAAACGAUUGCGUCUAUUUGUCUGGAAUUAAAUUAUUAGGUGCUAUUGCAGAAACGUCAAGCACAUCUGGAUAUGUAAAUGAUAUGGAUGCUGGUCAUGUAAUAGAAUCAUGUGAAUUGUUGUUAAAUUUGGGUUCACCUAAUGAUAGAACUGUUGAAUUUAUAAAUUUAAUAGAUACAAUGGUUUUAUCCAAUAUCCUAGAUGAGAGAGUAGCUUCCGAAACUCUUAGAAAAAUUAAUAAUUUAGUAUCAGAAGAAAAUUUAUCUAGUUAUCCAACACAAGACAGAGUAGAUAUCAUAAAGUCAUAUGCAAACUUGCUGAAAGAUUCAGCUGCCACAGGACUAUUUACACAUAUUAAUCAAGCAGAUAAAUUGAAUGCGUUGAAUAAUUUAGCAAAGUUAAUGGAAUAUGAAUCAAAUGAAGAAGUACAUGUAGCUGUCUUGGAAGCACUGAGUGAGAUAGCAUCUUUAGAUGCAUCAACAGCAUCAAAAAUAUUAAAUUCUGCUUUGCCUUCUAUUAUUCAAAGUAAUCAUGAUAAUAUAAUAAACGAUGCACAAACGACCGAAGCAUUUUUGCAAACUUUGGAAAAAUUAUUAGUUAAUGAAGGAAUAGGUCGACAGCUUGCUAAUAAUGAUGAACUGACUAACUUAUUAGAAGAGUUAGAAAAUAGUCUUGAAGAAAGGAGGAAAGAACUAGGUGAUGAGUUUGUUAAUAAUAUGAAAAUGAAAAUUAAUAAUAUACGUAAUGCUGUAAAUGAUGACAAGCCGAAAGAGAAAACAUGUAAAUAUAUAUAUGAUUUAUUAACAGAAUAUAAAACAAAGGAAAUGGAAAUUAAUGUUUUAAAAGAACCAUCCUUAGAAGAAGAUAUGAAUUUUGUAUUGGAUAGAGUAAGAGUGUAUAAUAAGGAUAAUCUAUUACCAACAACGGAAGAUGGAAUAGACAAUUCGUAUGGUUAUAUGGCUAUAGAACUAUUUUGUGAGAACAGUGAUAAUAUUGGGGAGCUUAUAAAGAAAGGAUUUCAGACUACCGCUUUUAGUUCAUUGGUAAAACAAAGUAAUGAAAAUGUAAAACAUUACUCAUGUCGUGCGUUAUGCGCUUUUACAAAAAAUCCAAAGGGUUUAGAACAAGUGGUUAAAGAGAUAAAGGAUUAUGCGAAUAUUAUAAGUAAAUCUGUAGGUAAUUUGUGUUCAGAAGAAACGUUAGAAAAGGAUGAUAAAGAAGACUUUCUAAUAAAUCGUGUUUUGUUAAUUGAUAGAACAGCUUAUAAUAGAAAUGUGUAUGACAACACAAAAGCUAUUCAUUAUUUAAUAGAUAUAUGGAAUCAAUAUGAUCAUGGGGAUUAUUCUAUUUCGUUAUUACGUCACACCUUUCGAGCUAUGAGAAAAGUUGUAUCUGACGCACAUGUGGAGACAUUAUUAAAGGCAGAUGUGUUAGUUCGUUUGACCAAUAUUAUAAACAGUACUGAUACAGAUAAAAUUAUUUAUCCAGAUGUUUUGUUUUUAGUUGGAAGUUUAUCAGUAGUAAAAGAAAUAAAGACACAAAUUGGAGAAAUAAAAGGUGUAGAUGCAUGUGUCAGUUUAUUAUAUAGAUCAUUAAAUAAAGAAGAAAUGGAACCAACUAUAACAAACAGUUGUUUGGCGUUAGCUAAUAUGUGUAUAGAUCACAAGGUUAAUUCUAGUAUAUUUUGUAAUUUAAAAGGACCUGAUUUAAAUGUACAAAUUUUAAGAGAAUAUAGAUCUAAUUUUGAUGUAACAAAUGCAGCUUCUGUUUUACUUUGUAACAUUUUAUUUAGAAAUGAAGACAUGAAAAAAACUUAUGGAACGAAUGGUGCUCCUGCUGAAUUAGUAGAAUGUUUAAAAAGUUAUGAUGGCAGUGAUAAUAAAAAUGCUGUAAGAUGUAUUGAGAGUUUGUUUAAAGCUAUUUCUAAUCUGUCUUUAUAUACAACAAAUGUUAAAUAUUUUCUAGAUGCACAAAUUGAGGUUUCCUAUGAAUCAUGGUUAAAUAAAUUAAAUGAAUAUUUUCCUGACGCUGAAUUGGAGACAGGUUUACGUACGUUAUCAAAUUUAGUUAUGGAAAAUGAAGAAAGAAAUAUGAAAAAUUUUGGAAUCACAUUAAUUCCAGUGUUAAAUGUGUUAAAACAGAAUAGAGAAAAUACAAAAGUCAUAUUUUUUUUAUUAGAUAUUCUAUGUUCUUUAUGUAGAUUACAUGAAAAUGCCAAAAUGUUUGCUGAUAAUGAUGGAAUAGAAGCAACUAUAAAUGUGAUACAAUUAUAUGAUUAUGAUAUUAAUUUACUAACUUUAGCUAUUCAUUUAUUAAGUAAUCAAUGUAAAAUUGAAUCUAGUUUACCUUUAUUAGUAAAGGCAGACGCUUUUGGUAUAUUAAUUAGUUGUAUGGAAGCAGAAACAGAAGAGUUUGAAAUGACUGAAUUAGUUGUUUCUUCUCUUAGAUGUGUUAGACGUUUAAUACAAUCUGAAGAAUUAGCCUAUGAAUUUUGUAAUUGUGGUGGAGUACCUUCCAUAGCUAAUCUUAUAUGUAAGUCGGUUAAAAAAUCAAUUGUAAUGUUAGAAGCAUUACGUUUAUUACUUUGUAUAUUAUAUUAUACACAAAAUAUAGAAGGUGUAACAAAUGAAUAUAGUGAGGAGGAAGAAGAAUUACAUAAUGCAAGAUUAGGUGGUUGGUAUAACAUUAGUAUGGAUAAAGAAAUGAUUGAUAUAAUAUUACAAUCUGUACUAACUUGUGCAAAUGAUAAUAAUCAUUUGAAACAGUUGAGAUUACAAAAAGUAUCACUCGGUUUAUUAGCAUAUUUUGCAUACCAUAGAUUAGGUAUUAUUUCGAUGACCGCAUCUGGUUUUGAUAAUUUAACGAGGGAGAAUUUAAAUAAUUUUGGAGGAGAUUCUGUUAUUAUGCAAUUAUUGGCUCUGUGUAUAGAUAACAUUGCAAUGUAUUCAGCAGAAGUGUAUGAUAGGACUAUUUCACGAGAUAUUGUAAAAGGUUUUAAGUCGUCUAUAUCAAAAAUGAGUAAUAAAAAGGAGGAUAAACAAAUUGUACAAAAAGUUGAGCGUACAUUAGAUGCAAUGAAUUCAGCAGAAGACCCAUUGGAUGCAUUUAAAGAUACACUACUAACUUUUGACUUUAAUUUAUCUGAAUUUGAUAAAGAUCCAUAUGUUAAUGGUGUACACGAUUUAGCUUCGAAUAUUAAGGAUUCUUUAAGAAAAGGUGGUUCGUGUAAAAUAUAUCAUAAUAGUGAUCAAAGAAAACCAUUUAAAUGGAAAGCUAGCCAAGACUUGAGUACCUUGGAAUGGAUAAUCGGUGAUGAUUCAGAUCAUAUAUUUAAAAUAUCUGUGGUUCGUAUAAAAAAUAUAUCGAAAGGAUUAGCACAUCCGUUAUUAAAAGCAAGUAAUAAACGAGAACCUAGAAAAGUGAAUGCAAAGGUAACAUUAUGUAUCUAUGGACCACCCACUGAAGAUUUCCCAGAGGGACUAGAAUUACCAAUUAAAACAAAAACGCAAAAGGAGAGAGACGCCUUUGUAGAUUUGCUUGUUCUUUGGCGUGACGCCGCUAGCUAUAAUUAUUAA